UCGUCGGGAAGGAAAAAUAAAGGACACGGUGCAUCAGAGAAGCGGAGCAAACUGAGACAGUCUGAGCGACAUCGGAGUCAUCCCUGGGAAUUCAGUCAUCGAACUUGACAUUUCGGGUUCGCUGCAAUUGAGAAAAGAGAGAACCGCGGCGCCUUGCAAGUGAAAGACAUCACACCGCAUCAAACGCGACCCAUCAUGGACCCGCAAAACCCGCAGCAUGGCCAGCAGCGGCAGAUGCCCGCUUACGACCUCAGCCAUGGCGGCCACUAUGGCGCCAGCUCAGUCGUGCGUUUUCCGUUGCCCCUCUCCCCCUGAACCACGAAGUAGGAAACACAUUGACACCGGUCCCCAGAUCUCCUCCCAAGGCUUCGCAAACUCCGAACUGUACACAGGCACGUGGGCGAACGUGCAUCAAGGUCUAACAGGUCACUACAAGGAUGUCCUGACGGCGUACUGGCAGCACAUCAUCCAACACCUCGAGAGCGACACGCACGACUACAAGAUGCACCAAUUACCCCUGGCGCGCAUCAAGAAGGUCAUGAAGGCCGACCCGGAGGUCAAGAUGAUCUCGGCCGAGGCCCCAAUUCUGUUCGCCAAGGGCUGCGACAUCUUCAUUACCGAGCUGACCAUGCGCGCCUGGAUCCACGCCGAGGAGAACAAGCGCCGCACCCUCCAGCGGUCCGACAUCGCCUCGGCGCUGGCCAAGUCUGACAUGUUCGACUUCCUGAUCGACAUCGUCCCGCGCGAGGAAGCAUCGUCGCACACGAAGCGCGCAAGCAACCAGGCGGCCGCCGCUGCCGCCCAGGCCCCCGCCGCCCAGCCUCAGAUCCCCGGUCUCGGCGCCCCGAACCACGCCGGCCAACACCCCAUGGCCGCGCCCGACUACACCCUCGGAGCCCACAACAUGGGUCCCGAGGCCGACUACCGCCAGCCGCAGACCAUGUAUCCCGGCCAGGUGCAGACCGGCGGUCCCGCGUAUGGCCAGCCCCAGGCCCAGAUGUACAACGUCGACGAGAUGUACUACGGGACCAUGCCACCCCAGCAGGUACGUUCUUCGCAACUCCACAUUUCGGCCUCAGAUCCAACUUCUUCUGAACCCACCCCAAAACUAACCCCACCAGUAGAGUGCCUAGAAAGCCGACCAGCGCGGACUAGCCGAGAGAGCGGACUGCAACCGAUCGAAGCCGGGAUCAGCCGCGGCUGAGGACAAAGUUGCAGUGAGCCCAAGACCGGAGGACGCAUCGACGGUGAAGGGCACGGCGGCACAAGCAGUUCGGUCAGACCCGGGAGAGA